AAUUUGUUAAUAAUAAUGAUUUCAUAAUAAUUAAAGAAAAUUUUGACGUUUUGAAAAUCGAACGGACUGCGCAUGCGUGGCACGUCACCGAACGGAAGUGGGAGAAGCCCACCGGAAACCAACGACGACAAACGACAGUAUCAAAAUGGCGGAUCGCUUAUGAUAGUUUAUUGUGUAAAUUAAUUAAAUAAUGGCUAAUAAACUAGGUAUUGUGUUGUCUAGUGUUGUGUAAUUGUUGCUCCAGAGGCCCAAAAUGGAUGCAGUGAAGUCGUUUAACUCCGAGCUCUCCUCGCUCUACGAGGUGAAGCCCCCCAUAUCAAAAGCCAAGAUGACCGCGAUAACAAGAGGAGCCAUAAAAGCCAUCAAAUUCUACAAACACGUAGUGCAGAGUGUCGAAAAGUUCAUUCUAAAGUGUAAACCCGAAUAUAAAGUGCCCGGGCUGUACGUAAUUGACUCGAUCGUGCGACAGUCGAGACACCAGUUCGGCCCCGACAAAGACGUCUUCGCCCCCCGGUUCGCCAAAAACAUGCGCCAGACGUUCGUCAACCUCUUCCUGUGCCCGGCCGACGACAAAAGCAAGAUCAUCCGGGUGUUGAACCUGUGGCAAAAGAACCAGGUUUUCGCGCCCGAGGUGAUCCAGCCGCUGUUCGAUCUGGCCGACCCCAAUAACCCCAUCCACAAGGAGCUGGGGACGCCGCUGCAGUCGAACGGGAUGAACGCGGGGGCUGCCGCCAUCAAAGGUUCCCCCGCUCUUCAAAAGACGCCCACCAAAGGUUCACAACAAGGCGUUGAUGGUGCUCAUCUCGGAGGAGCUAACUUGAAUUUGUCAGAUCCAAAUGUUCUCGUCCAGUUGCAACAAUUACAAAGGUUGCUUACAAGAGGUGGAGAAGCCGCUUCGAAAUCCGACAGUCAAGUUCACUUCGACAGAAAACUGCUUGAUUUCGACUACGGCGAGGACGACGACGAAGCCCACUCUUCACCUAAAGCUGGACCUGCGCAGGCCCCCGGACCAAACGACUCAGUUUCAAGCUUAUUAACAAACCCGGAAGUUCUCCGCCAACUCCAAACCAUCCAACAAACAAUGACUGCCGGACAGCCUGGAGAACUCGACAUCGACAAAUUAAGAAAACUGCAAGAAAUGAAGCAACAGGAGGAGGAAUUCGACAAACAUCUAGCCCAAACUGUACCUAAUCUUCCUUUUGCGUCCGAGUGCGAGUUUAAACCCGGUAACACUUCCUCUUUAAUGGGAAAUCCUUACUACCUGCCCCCGACGACCGACAUGUCGCAGCCGCCCCCUGGCUACAAGCCGCCACAACCAUACGACAUGUCGCAGCAACCACCCGUAGAUAACGAUGUGCAAUUCGUCAGUGGUGAACCUGACAACGUGGGAGAAGUGGAAGUGAUCAAUCUGGACCAUGGUGACUCCCGCAGUCCCACUCCCACCGAAGACCGAUACAGAAGACGAAGGAGUCGCUCGCGGGAGCGAUCCAGAGACAGACGCGAUCGCGACCGGCGCUCGCGCCGCUCGCGUUCGAGAUCGCGAUCUCGACGGCACAGAUCGCGUUCGCGAGACAGAAACAAAACGAAAGAGAAAGAGUCCGAGAAGGACAAAGAGAGGAAAAAGCGGGGGCUUCCGACUAUCAAAAAGGAAAACUUGAGCGUUUGCAGCACUACGCUGUGGGUGGGGCAUCUGUCGAAACUGGUACAUCAAGAGGAUUUGUCGAAUACUUUCGGGGAGUUCGGCGAUAUCGUGAGCAUCGACUUGAUACCGCCGAGAGGGUGUGCGUUCAUCGUUAUGCAUAGAAGACAGGAUGCUGCGAGGUGUUUGACGAAAUUGAAGAAUCAUCUGCUGCAUGGAAAGGCCAUAACGUUGGCAUGGGCCCCCGGCAAAGGCGUAAAAGGUAAAGACCUCAAGGACUAUUGGGAAGGCGACCUCGGCGUGUCGUACAUACCGUGGCACAAGCUGAAACCCGACAUAGAUCUCGAAAUGCUGGAAGACGGCGGCAUGAUCGACGAGGACACGAUGCCCGCCUGGAUGAAGGCGAAAAUCGCCGCCAGCAGCACCAACAAAUCCGCCACCGUCACGAACCCCCCCGUCUCCUCGGACCCCUCCAGCAAUUUCAUGCCGAUCUCGGACGGCUCGCGCCCCCCGGUCGACACCAGCCAGCCCCCUCCCGUCCCCGGCUCCGGCCUCCUCCAGCCCCCGCCCAUGGCCCUGCCGCUGGUCUCCCCGUUCCAGUUCAGCAACAGGUUGCUGGGGAUGAACAUCCCGCCGACCAUGCUCCCGAACGUCCCGAUCGGAGUCCCGCCCCCGAACAUCUCGAGCGCGCUGAUGUCCAACCAAUUAGUGGGAUUGGGCUCGCCCUUCCAGGGACCCACGAGUCUGAUGCAGCAGAUGUCGGUCCAGAGCGAGCAGAGCCAGAACUCGUCCGACGGGAACAUGAAGCUCGGGGACAGCCUGAUGAACAUGACGCAGCCGUUCGGGAUGAUCCCGCAGCCGCCGAUCGGGCUGCCGGCGCCGCACGACGACAACAUGGACAUCGAGAUGGAGGACGCGGAGAAGCCGGAGAGGCCGAUGCUGCUGAGCGAGCAGCUGCAAGCGUCGAUGGCGCAGUUCAGCCAGAAUAAUCACAGGGGCGGCGAGAUGGGGCCGGAUAUGGACGACCGCAGGGACAGCAGGGAUAGGGAGAGGAGGAACUCGAGGAGCAGGGAGAGAGAGAGGGACAGAAAUAGGGAUAGAGACCGCCGAGGCCGCGACGGCUUCCCCGACCGCGACGACAGCCGCAGCCGCGACCACAAAGACGACCGCAGAGACCGUCCGAACCGGUGGGGCGACCGCGACAUGGACGCCAUGGAGCGCCGCGAGCGCGAGAAGACCCUCAACGACCGCCUCCAGCAGAUGGCGAUGCCCAACGAGGCGGCGUACUCGAACCACGACAGACCGCCGCCGCGCGACCUCCCCGAGCCAGAAAUGCACCCGAUGGACCGGCGCAUGUUCCCGCCGCCACACAAAGGCCCGCCGCCGAUGAACGAGAUGGACGAGAUGUACGGCAUGCGGGGACCCCCGGAGGAGUACGAGCACGCCAUGAACGGGCCGCCGAUGAUGGACGAGUACCCACCCAUGAUGGAACACCCCGACGAGUGGAUGGAAGGGCCGCCGCUCCAUCCGAGGAUGCACAGGGACGAGUUCGAGCACGAGCGCUUCGGCAGGGGCAGGAGGGACUUCAGGGACAAGUUCGAGCCGAGGGGGAGGGGGCCGCCGCCGGGACCCGACUACUUCCCCCCGAGGGACGGCUUCGGCCCGCCGAGACCCAUGAUGCGGGGAGGGCCGGACUUCCCGCCCCGGGGGCCCAUGAGAGGGGGCGGCCCGCACAAGUUCCACCCAAGGGGGCCGCCGCCGAUGAGGGGACCGAGGCCGAAUAUCGUUCUGACGGACGUUUCGCUUGCAGACCCACCGUGGAAAGACCGUCCGAACUUCGGUCCGCGCUUCGACCACCCCGACUUCCACCGAGGUCCUCCGGGGAUGUACGACGAGCCGCCGCACAUGAGGCACCGCGGUAGGUUCGACGAGAGGCGGCGUCCUCGUCCCGAUUUCGGGCACGAGGGCCCGCCGCCCCCGGAGGGCGACCGCUUCCAGAAGCGCAGCCGCUGGGGCGAGUCCCAGGAGGAGAAUAGCGGGCGCGAGCCCGAACAGCCGGCGCCAAACGGUACAGAAAACAAAGGUGGCAAUACACCCUUGCAUGACGAACCAUUUAACCGUGACAUUGUAGAGGGAGGUGCGCAGGAGGAAGAGGCGCCAGCGGUGGACGAAGCGGCGGUGGCGCCGCCGCCGCACGAAGAAGAGCCUGCGGAAAGCACCGCCGAGCCGCAGGCCGAGCAAGUGGAAUCGGCCGCUUAAAACGAGUUGAAAGUUUCCUUUGGAUGGCAGUAAGGUGACAUUUAGUUUCUGUAAUUUAACCAUUCGGUGUUAACAAGUUAAGUAGUUCCAAAGGACACUUACAUUUCGGACGUAGGUUAAAUGUAGUUGAGUCACGGAGAACUAUAAAAUGUUUGAACAAAGGACAACGCUUAGCUGUGAUAGUGUAGUGAACACAGGUGACCCCGCUCAGGGAUCGUCUUGUCUUGUCAUGUUUUAUAUUAAAAAAAGGAAUAAAUUAUUUUUAUUAAGUUA